GCCGAGGGGGUGAGAUGCGCACAAAAUAGUCUUUGGCAUCACAUUCGUCUAUAAACGGAACUUCUAUUAAAAGGAACAGCUACAUGGAUACAUCAUUUGCAACUCUUCUAAUAGCACUUUGAGGAAAGCAACGUAGAUACACGCUCUGACAUCAACCCUCACGAGUCUUCAGAUAUUGUUCCACGAGAGAUAAAAGUUGCAGGUGUGCGCAGCCAUGCCCUGCGUCCAGGCUCAGUAUGGGACAUCACCACCAGGAGCCAGCCCUGCAGCUCAGAGUUACAGCUACAACACCACGGGAGAGUACAACUGCGACUUCCUAACGCCGGAGUUUGUCAAGUUUAGCAUGGACCUGACUAACGCAGAAAUAGCUGUUACUUCUUCGCUCCCCAGUUUCAAUACAUUUGUGGACACCUACAGUUCCAGCUACGACGUGAAACCUCCCUGCCUCUACCAAAUGUCCCACACUGGAGAUCAGCUGUCCAUCAAAGUGGAGGAGAUUCCCACGCACAGCUACCAGCAGCACCAUCAGGCGCACCAAGCCGAGGAGGGCAUACCCAUUAGCGGACCUUUAUACUAUAAACCGUCUUCCUCAAACAUCACCCCAUCACCCAGUUUCCCUGCUCCUUCCCACCACACGUGGGACGAAAGCGGGUCCCUUCACAGUUUUCAUCAGAACUAUUUGGCGACUUCACAUAUGAUAGACCAACAACGUAAAAACGCGAUGUCUCGGUUGUUCUCUUUCAAGCAGUCUCCCGUUGACACGCCGAUGUCGAGCUGUCAGAUGCGCUUCGAUGGAUCUGUCCACGUAUCCAUGGGCCAGGACACCCAGGGAGCUCACCGUACGCUGGAGAGUUUUGCCGUACCGAGGAAACAGCACGGUGUGGGUUUAUCCCACUCGCUCAACGUCGGCCACGGGCACCCAUUACUGGAAAGCCCGGUAGCCUCCCCUCCGGCUAGAGGAUCUCCAUCCAGUGAGGGUUUGUGCGCAGUGUGCGGGGACAACGCAGCCUGUCAGCACUACGGAGUGCGCACUUGUGAGGGAUGCAAAGGAUUCUUCAAGCGUACUGUGCAGAAAAAUGCCAAAUAUGUUUGUCUGGCAAACAAAAACUGUCCUGUGGAUAAACGACGACGAAAUCGAUGCCAGUAUUGCCGGUUUCAAAAGUGCCUGGUUGUGGGGAUGGUAAAAGAAGUCGUGAGAACAGCCAGUUUAAAAGGUCGGAGGGGUCGCCUCCCCUCGAAACCAAAAAGCCCGCAGGACAUCCCGGUCUCUUUGACACCCAUCAAUCUUCUGAACGCCCUUGUGAGAGCGCACAUAGACUCCAACCCUUCAAUGUCCCGACUGGACUACUCUAAAUUUCAUGCAAGCCCAGAUUAUCACAGUGGAGGUGAUGAAUCUCUGUACAUUCAGCAGUUCUACGAUUUGCUCACUGCUUCGAUGAGCAUCAUUCGUGGAUGGGCCGAGAAAAUCCCCGUUUUUACCGACCUGCCCAAAUGCGACCAGGAACUCCUUUUCGAGUCAGCCUUCCUUGAACUUUUUGUACUGCGGUUGGCUUACAGAUCCAACCUGGCCGAGGAUAAACUUGUUUUUUGCAAUGGAGUGGUUUUACACAAGUUGCAGUGCGUGCGAGGCUUUGGGGAGUGGAUCGACUCCAUCGUUGAGUUUUCUUCCAACCUCCAGAGCAUGAACAUAGACGUCUCUGCCUUCUCCUGCAUUGCUGCUCUCGCCAUAGUAACAGAGAGACAUGGACUAAAAGAGCCAAAGAAGACAGAGGAACUACAAAACAAGCUAGUAAACUGUUUAAAGGAUCAGGUGUCCUGCAGUGGUGAAUUGUCUAAACUGUUGGAGAAGCUGCCAGAGGUGCGCGCACUGUGCACGCAGGGACUGCAGCGCAUCUUUUACUUGAAAUUGGAGGAUUUGGUUCCCACGCCUGCAAUCAUUGACAAACUCUUUCACGACACGCUACCAUUCUGAACAACAUGCGGAACAGGUCCAUCGAAAUGAAUCAUAUCUCAAUAUGGCGGACUUGAAGAAAUGAAUGUUGGCGACAUUGGUGGAUGGCAGCUUAUUUUUCCAUGUUUGGAGCUCUGUGGUCCGGGGACAAAGGUGAACAGUCCUCUUCAAGACAACCGUGGAGGAAAUAAUAAAGAUUGUUCAAAAUAUUUAAAGCAUUACGGAUAAAAAUAAAAAGUGGGGAAAAAAGACUAUUCUUAUGCCUGUUAAAAGUUACACUAUUGAGAAAAAAGUGCGGUGUGGUGGAAGUAUAAUUGUGUUGUUAUGCGUCAUCGUUUAUGUUGAUACCUGCGAAAUAAUUUUAUAUACAACUUCAUAUAUGUGGAAUACAAUAUGUUAUUAUUUACGGGAGCAAAAUCAUUUCGACAAGGUACUUUAACCACUAUAGCUAAUGAGGUAAUUCUGUAUUACAUAUAGAGAUUGUGGGUGUAUAACAACACAGCUGCGCACAGGAAGAUCUUAAAUAUGUCUGCAACAUUUGUGGACAACAAACAUUCAUUUCAGAAUGGAUAAACAAUAUUUAGAGCAUUUUUUUGUGUAUAUGAUUUUAAGUAGAAAACUGUUAUUAAGAUAUGAGUCAACCUUUAUAGUUUAGAAAGUAUGCAUGGAAUUCGUUAUGAGCUGUUAACUUUCUCCAGCACUUUGUAUUAAUUUCAUAUUGAAAUAAUGUCCAUGAGGUUUUUUUUGAGGAUUUUUUUUUUUUUUUUUUUUUGCCUUCUAUGUUAAGCUUUUCUGAUCUAAUGCAUUGCUGAA